UCUUGUUUAAUCAUUUAAUUGUUUACUUUAAUCAGCAUAAUUUAUUUAUGUUCCAUUGUGUUCUUUGUCUGGUUACUUUAUAUUUUGUCUCUUAUUUAGACUAAGCAAGUAUUAACGUGUUUAUUUUUAACAUCAGUAUAAUUGUUGUUUUUUUUGAACUCAUGAUGUAAUCUUUAAAAACUCAUAUUUAUUUGAAUACAAUAAUUUUAGAUCUCUUUUCUAUAUUAUAAAAUAAAAAAAUUUCAUUUUUGUUCUUAUGUUUUUCUAUGUCUAAUUACAAAUAGGUGUAUUCUUUUUUAUGUUAGUUUUGCACCAUAGUCCUAUUAAUUUAGUUAACUUAAUUUUAGUGAUUAGAAGGGAAAAAUCUAUCAGAGUCAGUGAUUUUAUUGUAUUUUAUUUGAUCUUGUUUUGAUAAAACUUGAGUAAACAAUACCAUGAAUGAUUUUCUUUAAUGAUUGUCUUUUAAAAUGUAUAUUUUUGAUUGUAUUGUGUAUGUUUUUACUUAAUUUUAUUCUUUUAUUUGUUUUAUAUAUGUUUGACUAUGUAUUUGUCUUUAGUUGUUGUUUUCCAUCAAUUUUGUUAUGUUUAUUAGGUGUGUGUUUAGGUUAAAUUCAUUUUUCGUUGGUCUAAAUUUGAUGAAAUAUGAAAAUAAUAUUGUUAAUAUAUUUUUUUUCCUUUUUUCCUAUAAUUUUUUUUAUUCUUAAAAUUUAUGUUAAUUUGAAUUAAUGAUUAUUUGUUGAUUAAAUUUGUAUCAAAAUCAAAUUAUAUUGUAUAUUUUUACUAAAUGUUAUUCUAUAAUGUGAUAUUAUGUAUUGAUAUGGUUAUAUAUUAAUCAUUUAUUUUCUUGUUAAUAUUACUAAUAUUGAUUUUUAUGAAUAAUAAUUAUGUGAAAUCUACACUUUUAUUUUUGUUGACGUGAUUUGAUGAAGCAUGUUAUAAAUGGAUAUCCUUUUGUGUUCUUACGAACUUUUUAUUCUUGAUGUUUAUGUUUUUAGAUUAUAUUAUGUAUUGUUCACUAACAUAUAUUUUCUGAUAUAUUGAUAUCAAAAUUUUGCUGGAUUAAAAAUAAAAGAUCAUUUUAAAAAUAUUUGGGUUAUUAAACGUUUUAUUAAUAAAUUUAGUUAAAUGAUAAGAGAAUCUAAAUGUGGAGUAACUAAUAACUUUUUAGUUGCUAUAAUGUGUCAAAUUUUAGGAAAAUGUAUUGAAGAAGUGGUAUAAUGAGAGUAUAUACCGUUUAAAUUAACGUAUGAAUAUUUGCUCACAUUUUUUUACGUGUUUGAUUUUUCUGUUGACAAUCACAUUGUGCCAUUUUAUUGUGAAGAAAAACCAAAAACUCAUUUUUGUGGGUUUUUAAUAAAAAAACAAAUUUUGUUCCUUUUUGGUAGAAAGUGUAAAUAGGAUAUAGCUUGUGUAAUAGUUGAUUCCAUUUCCUUAUCUCACAUAUUAGACACCUAUCAUGUACUGACAAAGUAUAUCAUUUUUAACAUUCAAAUAGAAAAAUGUUUUGAGACUUAAGGAUUUCCUAUGCUAUUAUUUUGUUAGUUUAUUGAAUCUGUUGUAUUAUUUAACUUUUGUUUGUAGCAAAUACAAUAAGAGCACUUGUAUAUGUUACUGAAAUUAAUUUUAAAGACUUUGAUAAUAAUAACAAAAAUCAGAGGAAGAGGCAACAGAUAACGUGCGUGGACAGCUGUAGGCACUCUUCGCUUCGCCAUGUGAGUGAACAGCAGUGAGCUCUUAUCCCUUCACCAUUUAACAAAUAACUGAAACUGAAGACUUUUCUGAGGUUUUCUCUCUUUAUAACAACUCUCUCCCUCUUAUCCAUCUUUUCUCAUUAUCUUCAACCAUCACAACCUUAAUCGCUGCACAGAAAAAAUACAUUAACUUAUUAGCUUCAACUCUAUCCCCAGAUUGGUCUGCCAGCAAGAACCUUCGAUGCAAGUUUCUUUGAUUGAUCUCUGCUCCAAGCCUCUCAACAUCAAAAUUAGUGACAUGGUUUUGUCUCUCUGUUGUCUCUCAUGGAUUGGUGUCUCUGUUUCUAUGAAAUACCACGCCGAUAGCUCCAUUUCUGGUUAUAAGCGCUAUUUCUCUCACCACCUUGGAUCUAUUGAUGAACUUUUCUUCGGGUCGGAUAUCCACUUUAUCGAGCCUUGGUUCUUGCGUCGUGGUGAGAGCAAUUAAUAAGACCAAUAGUAUGUAUGGUUCAUAAGAGGUUUGUGAUUCCUUGUGAGGGCCUUGAGACCAUAUAUAUAUACAGCCGAUUCUGUUGAUAGAGGAGGUGAAAAAUCUGAAUAGGCGAUGAGAAAGUGGGGUGAAUUGAUUGCACUCCAUUAAUACUGAAUUACUCCUUCGAAGGAAUCGAGGGGAGAUGGCUUGAUUAUGCGACGUUACAGUUACGAAACAAAGACGAACGUAGAGUGGGUGUUUAUUAUUUACUGGGCUUUUUUUUGUUACUGUUUAUUUAUAGAUUUACUGGGCUAAGUUUGUAAAUAAUGGCCCAACGUUUAAGAACGGAAAUCGUGCAACAAUAUAAAUUGAGAAAUACAAACCCAUAUUAAAGAAUAGGUCACGUGGCUCAUUCUUGUUAUCUUAUUUAGUGACGUGGCGAGAGUUCUACUUUAUAUAUGUAGAAUGUAGAUAGAUGACAAUCUAUAAUAAACUCAAUUAAUAAACCAUCGUCAAAAUUUAUGUGAGCGUUCUACAUUGAAAAUUGAUUUUUCAAAUAAUAUUGUAGAGAUCAUAACAUCAUUGCUUUUAUCUUAACGAAUUAACCAACAAAGAAAAGGAAACAUGUGUUUUCUAGGAAACAGAAAAAAGGAAACAGAGAAAAGGAAACACCAAAAGCUGUUUUCUUAUAAAUAAGUGUCUAAGGGACAACGAUCCAAUAGCUGCGAAACCCUUUUGUUCAUUCAAUCGUUCUGUGUGCUCUGAAGAUAAUUAUGGGAGAACGCAAAGUCCCAAACAAGUAUAUUCCGCCAGAUUUUGAUCCGAAGAAGAUACCCCGUCUCCGUAAACCGAACAACCAGCAAAAGAAGAUUCGAUUUAUGCUACCGGUUCGUAUUCGCUGUAAUACAUGUGGUAGUUACAUGUCGGAAGGCACUGAAUUCAAUUGCCGUGAAGAAGAAGUCAUCAACAAGACGUACCUAGGGAUUAUAAUCCACAGGUUUUACAUCAAGUGCACCAACUGCUCGGCAGAGGUGACAAUUAAAACCGAUUCAAAGAACUCGGGUUAUACUGUCGAAUCAGGUGCAGUUGGAGUUUAUAAUGGACACGAGGAAGAGGAAAAGCAUGAGGUAGCUGAAAACGCCUUGGAGUCGUUAGAGAGGAGAACUAAGGUAUCUAAAAGAGAUAUUGAAGUUAUGGCUGCGCUUGAUGAGAUGAAGUCUAUGAAGUCUAGAAGAGCCUCGGUGAGCUUAGAAUCACUGCUUGAGGCUUUGAAUAGAAGAAAAAAACAAGAAGAAGAGAACGUGGAGGAAGAAUUGCUCAUUAAGUCAAUAAAAUUUGGUAAGCGGACUAGGAUUGAUGAAGAGAAAAACUAUGAGGUGUUUGAUAAGGAGAAGAAGAAGCCUAAUAGACGUGUUAACGGUUCAUAUCCCAUUCAAAUCUCUUCUGUUCGCAUAGUCUCCAAAAAGACUGCAAAGCUAACAAGGGGGCUCGAAUCUCUGUGUCACAACUACGGCUCAGACAGCGAUGAGGAGAAGUAAGCUAAGGUUUUUUGAUCAUUCCUGAUUAAUUUGAUGAAUUUUGCAUAGAUAUUUUGUUAAAUUGUCUUUCUAUUAAGUUUUUUUAAUUGUUGAGUUGUAUGAGAUUGCAGGCAUGCUACAUCCGACAUUUUAGCUUACUGUUAACCUUUAGUGAUUUUAGCUGAUCUCGUUAUAAACACUGAAAACCUGGUCUUUGUGAAAUUCUCCUUUUGAAUCUGUGAUUUGGCUUAAAUAAGAACGUUUUUGGAGUAUUGUAUGUUAAUGCAGGUGAGUCAAAAUAAAGUGUAGAAAAUAUAAGGCAACUUUUUGACAAGGUUAGUUGUUUUUUUACCCUUCUGGAUCAUGUCUAUAAACCAAAUCCAUUAGAAAGAGCAAAUGCAAACAAUUUGCAAACCUGUAAAUCAAGUAUAACCUUUGUGAUUUACCAUCGUAUUCUAUAUGUGAUCUCUUUAGAAUAACCUAGAUAGACUAGGUCAGUUAUAUAACAGCUUGUCUAAUACUGUCUUGUUCUUGAAAAUCUGUCAGUGAAUAAGUAAUCUUGAUGAUAAUGUAGCGGUUUUGCAUAAUGAGCAUUCUAAAGAGCUUUGUGUGUAAAGUUUCAAACUCUGAGAGAAGAAUGAAUGGUAGUUAUGUCCUAACCAAACAAUCAUAACCAAGUUCAAGAAAAACCCGAAAGCCGAAAUUCCAAACAUAGUUUCACCAUUAGCCUCUCGGCUUCUGCUAAAAAGUCUUUAAAUGGGUUCAUGUAUUAUGACUCCAGAGACAAGCCAUAUGAGCUGAACAGACAAGAAAGCUGCUAAAACUUCAAGCCGUUUAAACCCGAAAGAGUUUCUCGGAUUCGCUUCCCAGCUUGAGACCUUGAUGGCCAGCAGAGAGACGCUCAAACCCCGGCACGUCUGACAGCAAAUGUGCAGCGUCCGUCAGGACCGUGAGGCUAUUGGCCAUUAAAAUCUCCAACGAUCUGCACGGACAUGAUUGUCAGUUAAAGAAGGAUGAGGCUUCUUAUCUUCUGAUCGAUUCUUCUCGUUCUCUCGACUCGGAAACGCAAUACUUUUUGUCUCGUAAAUGCGCAAGACAGAGGAAUCACUUCCUCUAUUUGUGAUGGUGACUCAGUUUCUUCCUCUUUUUUCUCGAGUUUUGAAAUGAGGAUGUGUUCUAAUUCCACAAGCUGUUUUGAUACGUUUCAAAGGCUUGCAUUAGAAGAGAAAACUAACAUUUUGAGCUUUCUUGUGAUUUGAAUAAAUCUUCAAGAAGAAAACGAACCUGAGAAUCGAAACAAUGUUGUUUUUGUCGGAAAUUUAGAGUUUCAUGAGUUAUCUUAUUGUUAGAGAUUGACGUAAUAAUCCAGCAAAUAUGGGAGAUAAGAAAAUGGAACGUAAGAGUAUCUCCAAAUCUAGUCAAUGGUUGUUGACGUUAACGAAUGUGGAAUCUUUAAAUCGCUGAGUCGCUGUGCCUUGUGACGGGGUGAAAACGAAUAAUCAUUUUUUUCUUUAAUAGGAAAUCGACAAAAGGCUAUAAAUCUAAAUAUUUGUGCCUAUUAAUAUUAUAAUUUUCGGUAUGCUUCUUUGGCGUGAGGCAGUGAUCUUUGGUCAGAUUUGUAUUAUUAUUGUAUUAAAGAUGGCGUUCAGGCGAACAAAAUUGACUGACUUUUCUUGUUUCAAAAUAUGGAUUCAAGUAAUUUUCUUGGAUCAAAUGUGAAAGACUUGUUUUUACGUCUUUUGUAUGUAUUCUUUCAUUAAUAAAUAGUUCAUUUCUUAUUUGGAUAAAACUUAGCUACGGCAGAAAGGAGGUACAUUAUCUUUUCUUUUAUUUGGUCAAACAACUAGGAGGUACAUUUUUUUUUUUAAUUUGGUCUAACUCCUUGGAGGUAUAUUAUCAAAUCCCCUAUAUAUUAAAUGAGUAACAUUUAAAAAGACGUAACCUCAAUUUUGUAAUAAUUAAAAUAUACCAUUUGUUUAUGUGU